AUGUCUUUCUUGUUGAAUUCGUUGGUGCUGGGGCUCGCUGUUGUUGGGGUGUCGGCUCAACGACCAGGUGGUCCUCCAGGUGGUACCGGCGGCUCUCCAGCAUACACACUCUACCAGGCACCUCUUCCCAUCCCCGAAGUCAUUCAACCGGACUUUUCGAUCACCACCAAGGAUGGACGGACGGUGCAGAGCUACUCGAUCACCAUCGAGCAGUUCACCAAGCAGAUCUACCCUGAUCUCGGCGCGGCAACGAUGGUUGGGUAUAACGGGCAAGCACCUGGGCCGAUGUUCAGGAUUGAUCGGGGCGUCGAGACGGUCGUGAGGGUGUUGAACAAGGGCCCGCGCAAUGCUGCUGUCCAUCUUCAUGGGUCGUACAACCAUGCUCCGUGGGAUGGGUGGGCGAACGAUGACAUGGCUCCGAAUCAAUGGAAGGAUUACUACUACCCUAACCUGGAGUCUGGACGCUCGAUAUGGUACCAUGACCACACCGACGAGAUCACUGCAGUCAACGCCUACUUCGGCCAGGCUGGAACCUACAUCAUCCACGACCCUGCCGAGGACGCUCUUGCUCUGCCCGCUGGCGACUACGACGUGCCGCUCGCUCUGUCGGACAAAACCUACGAUGCUAAUGGCGACCUUGUCUCUCCCGCAGGCAACACCUUCAACUUCUUCGGCGAUACCAUCCACGUCAACGGCCAGCCAUGGCCAUACAUGAACGUCGAGCCACGCAAGUACCGUUUCCGAUUGUACGACAUGUCGUUGAGCCGUGCAUACGACCUCCGCAUCCAGAACCCAGCUGGCAACUCGGUGCCAUUCAAGGUCAUUGCCUCCGACUCAGGUCUCUUCGGUAGCCCGGUCUCCACCAGCAACCUCGUGAUGUCCAUGGGCGAGCGCUACGAGAUCGUCGUCGACUUUGCCAACUUCAAAGGCAAGAAGUUGACCAUGCUCAACGGCUUCACCGCCGCAGCAACGACCAGCUUCGCCAACACGGACAAAGUCAUGCAAUUCGUCGUCGGCAACACCGUCAGCGACACCUCCAACAACGGCGCCGUCCCCGGCACGCUAAACCCCAACGUCGACUGGCCCGCUCCCCGCACCACCGUCGACCACACCUUUUCCUUCCAGCUCGGCGGUGGCGGUGCCCAGUGGACAAUCAACGGCGUUCCCUUUUCCGACGCUAACAACCGCGUCCUCGCCAAACCCCCACAAGGCGCCGUGGAACUCUGGGAGCUCCGCCACGCCGGCGGCCCCGCCGUCCACCCCGUGCACAUCCACCUGGUGAACCUGCAAGUCGUCUCGCGCACCGGCGGGCGCGGCAGCGUCCUCCCCUACGAAAGCGCCGGCCUCAAAGACACCGUCCUCCUCGAGCCGGGCGAGACGGUGCGCGUGCUCGCCUUCUACGGGCCCUGGGACGGACUGUUCAUGUUCCACUGCCACAACCUGAUCCACGAGGACAACGCGAUGAUGGCGGCCUUCAACGUCACUUUGCUCGAAGAACUCGGGUACCCGAAUACGCAAGGCUACGCCGACCCGGAGGAUUCGCGAUUUGCAGCGAAAUCGUAUAAAGCGGCGCAGUUCAAGCCCGCGGCGAUCAAGAAGGCGGUGAAGAAGCUGGCGGCGAUGAAUCCGUACAAGGACGCUUCGGCGCUGGCGAGUAAGGCCGAGGCGCAUUAUGCGGCGACGCCUUUUGCGGGGGAGAAGAGGACGGUAGCGGCGCCGGUGGUGGCGAGGGCGACGGCUGCUUUUGUUGCGUGA